CCCUUGCUCCUCCCCACCUUCAGGCUCGGCCUCUGGCGCGAUGGGGGGCCUGGGGCCAGUCUUGUGGACUCUGCUGGUGUGUGUGGAGUUUGCUGGCAGCAAGAAACAGCCAGGCCUGAACCUGAGCUGCUACCAGUGCUUCAAAGUCACCAGGGAGGAGCUGUGCGCGCCCACCCAGUGCUACCCCACCGACCGGGUCUGCGUGUCCAGCGCGGUGGUCCUGACCAAGAGUAAGUCCCUGGGCUCGCAGGGAAGGGGCGGGGCGUCCCGACACCGGCCGGCCCCACCACCCCCUGCCCUCUCCUGCCUCGGGACUCCAGGGGGAGUGUGCGCAGAUCCUGAAUUUUUCUCCUCUUUCCGAAGUACCAGGUCUUCCGUGCCCCCACCCCCCACCCCCCAGGAACUGUCCUCAGGGCGGAGGAUCAGGUGUGACCAGAGGGAUGGCUGGGCAGGGGAGGGCGAGCCCGGAGGGGCGCCGGCCAGGCUGCCCACCAGGCCUCCACCCCCUCCCCAGCGGCUGCUGUGGGCCUCAAGUGAUAGGACUUUUCAGAACAAGCCUUGGAGGAGAUUGUAAUGUGGAACAGGAACCACAUGAGACGUCACAGAGCAGACCACUAGAAACACUCUUUUAUCAAGUUCCAAAAAUAUCCAGAGAGCGGACUGUGGAGAGACCCGAACGCUCUCCUGACAGCGCCACCGGGCUUGCUGAUUCUGGCCGGAUGGUUCCAGGCCCCUGGGGACCCGCCAGCGCCCCUCCCCCUCUGGGCCUGCUGGACCGUCGUUGAAUCAACUCCCCCUCAUGAACCUCAGGAGGGGUCUCGAGGGGUCUCGUCUCCUGAUUUUCCGGUAAUGAUGCCAGAAAAUCCAUGUGGCCCAGCCGGGCUUCCCGGAGAUAAAUCCGUAAAGCGGACGUGCCUGUGAGAAACGCAGGUGCAUUUGGGGACACCCUGGCCCCUUUCCACGUGCACCCUUCAGGAGGGAGCCCCCACCCCGUGCUCUGCGCCCCCUCCAGGCCUGGCUUCUCCGGAGGACGUGGGAUAAGCACGUUGACGGCUGUGGUGCUCUAACGCCAUGUGGUUCACGCCUCUUCCCCCGGUUUGCUCUUUUGUUCGCACUGUCUCCUUCGUCCUGGGCUCCAGCCCGGGAUUCCGUGUCGGUUUGUGGCCUGAAGGCCCUGUGUGUGGCGGUGACGUGUAACGGUGGCCCUCCCUGCUGGAGGGAGCCAUCGGCCGGGCUGCCUCGGGGUCUCCACGCCGAGCACUGGGGAGGGGGCGCCGGGGGGGCUCCAGGAGAGGAGGAGGCCGGCCUCUUGCCUGCCGCCAGGGACCCCACAGCAAGCGCCAGCCCGGAGCCUUUGCGUAGCCCCGGACCGGCCCUGACAUAAUGUAACCGGUUCUCACGUCACACGCUGAUAGAAUUCAACACGACAAUCUGCACGCCAUAACGUAACGCCACCCGAGAAAGGUGGGCGGCCUUCUCUUCCCCAGUUUGGGCUGCUCUGCGUGUUCUCCUUUCUCCCCACGUUGCCUUCAGAGGCUUGUACCACAUCUUGACAGGAACAGUGGGAGACGGGGCCACGCCCGGCCUGAGCGCAGCAGGGGGACAGCUGUGUCCAGUCUGUCGUCCCUGCUUCAACCCACAUCCCCAGGACUUGCAGGCUCCUGGGCUGGCCAGGGCGGUCCAGGCCAUGGGGCGCGGCGGGGAAAAGCCCCCACCGGGGCCAGCAGUCCUGAACCCCAAUUUUGUUGUGACCUCGAGGGUGACCGUGGGGGCCACUGUCUUGCAGGCCUGGGGCCUGGGAGGUCCGGUAGUCACGAUUCUCUGAUUCUCAGGUUGAGUCUGGGCUUUUGCGGCUCACGUGGAAAGCGCCCCUCCCCCGCCUGCCCACCUCCCCUAGGCUGGUGGCCACCUGCUGUCUCCUCUCGCGCAGGAUCAAGGGUGAUGGUCCAACUCAGCAAGCGCUGUGCUCCCAGAUGUCCCAACACCAACAUGAAGUACGAGUGGAUGUUGGGAUCUAUGGCGUUUGGCAAGAU